CCUGGAGCAGCAACAAGACCACAUCGAGACUUGAUCUGGGAACCUUCACACAAAACAACCUCAACUCGACACGCAAAGGGAGAAACAAGGGGUCCUUUUGAACUCUGGAUUUUACUAACGUCUGCAAUUUCAUCACAAAAAAACAACAACUAUAUAUGUACAUGGAGCGUCUCGUGUCUUUAUUUAUGUGAUACCUAUUUUAUUCUGAUUGGAGAUCUGGACUGUUAAGAACAGGGCAGCACAUCUCCCAGGUUGGACUAUUUCUGUAUUGAAAAAAGACUUCCAGUUUGUAUUUGCUGAUCAAAAUGGGUUGUUGCACAGGACGAUGCACGUUGAUAUUUCUUUGCACUUUGCAGCUGCUGGCAGCAUUAGAGAGACAGAUUUUUGAUUUCCUUGGUUACCAAUGGGCUCCUAUUCUAGGAAACUUUCUUCACAUAAUAAUUGUCAUCUUGGGCCUGUUUGGAACCAUUCAGUACAGGCCGAAAUAUAUUGUGGUGUACUCUGUCUGGACCGCCUUGUGGGUUGCCUGGAAUGUGUUCAUUAUCUGUUUUUAUUUGGAAGUAGGAGGGCUUUCAAAGGACACUGAUUUCAUGACCUUUAACAUCUCUAUGCACCGCUCCUGGUGGCGGGAGCACGGGCCAGGCUGUGUGAGGAUGGAGGUCCCGGCACCAGCCACUCGUAGCCUUGACGACCACUCUUACAUAUCUGUGACUGGCUGCAUCGUGGGGUUCCAAUAUCUGGAGGUCAUUCACAGCUCCUAUCAAAUACUACUGGCUCUGAUUGGUUUUGUAUACGCCUGCUACGUGAUCAGUGUCUUUACAGAGGAAGAGGACAGCUUUGAUUUUAUAGGUGGACUUGAUUCAUACACCUACCACCACCACUCACCCCUGAAAGCUUCUCCUGUCCAGUUAAAACCUGUUUACCUAUCGAAGUAAAUGAGGAAAACCAACUGAUUCCAGUUGAACAAACAUGCUUCAAAAGAAAAGACAUUUUAUGCUACACAGCUCACUGAAGAGACAAACGGAUGGAGAUAUAUAUUGAAUACUGUGUGUGUGUGUGUGUGUGUGUGUGUGUGUGUGUGUGUGUGUGUGUGUGUGUGUGUGUGUGUGUGUGUGUGUGUGUGUGUGUGUGAGGACAGGUACUCCCACACUGUCAAAUCUUUGACCAAAUAUCCAAAAUGCUGCUUCAUUACGGCAGCCCUCGGUAACCCUCAGUGUUUUAAACUACUUUUUUUGUUAUUUAAUGUGAAAUAUGUGUGUAAAAGCAUGAGAACUGUAUGAUGACUUGCUGUGAAAAUAUUAUGAGAUCUGUUUUUUUCAGAAAAAAGCAGAACAGGUAGCUGAUCUACUGACAGUAGUUAUUCAUUACUGCAGCCCUCAGAAGAUAUUUACAUUGCAUUAUGCAAUGAUAAUAAAGAGUUAGAUGAAUUUCAUGAACACCAACACAGACCACGUAAUUGGGUCAGAUGUCACUGUGUAAAAGACAUUUUCUCAUUUUCAUGUUUUUUUUUUCUUUUUACAGAUUUAUUAAAUUAUCUUUUGUAAUGUAAUGUUAGCAUUACUUCAUUUUUAAUGUCUUGUGAUUGUUAAAUAAUAUUUCUAUACAUGUCAUUUGACAAGCUCUCUUUUGCAGUAGCUAAUUGUAAUUAACACAUGAACAUUAUACUGUAGUAACUUGUUUUUUUAAUGAGGAGAAAAAUAUGGGUCACAUAAUUUGACACACAUUUGUAAAUAUGUGUGUAAAAGACACUUGGCAGUGGUGAUUCUUUUUGUUUUGCAUCAGAAUAAUACUGUUUCCUUGAGAGUUAGGCUUAUUCUCUUAAAGGCUGUGUCUAAUUGGGAUUGUUAAUCUUGUGUGAAUUCAGAUAUACAAAAUUAAUAUGCAUAGUGUGUAUAUACAGAUAAAGUCAGCCAAUUGUAUCCUGAACGUGUGAGGCCAAGUAAUGUUUUUUUUUUUUUUUUUCCCCAAAAGCGAUAGCAUGACAGUACUGCUGUAAUUGCAUUAAAGCCCAAUACCUUUACUGUCAUGCAAAUGCUUUCGAACACAGACCACUGUGCAAAUUUCAGUCUGUUGUCAGGCUCGUUUACAGAAAUUAGAGGUAUUUUGCUGGUGAUGCUGCUCCUUCAAGUAGACCAGAAUGCUAAAUGACAUAAUUGUAUUCCCUAAAACCAGGACUCAACAGAUAUGUCAUUGUGCUAAAUGUGUCAGGAAGUUUACCCCUCCAGUCCAGUUCUUUGUGACAACCACCAACUUCAGAAGUGUUCUUGUAUGAAAUGUUUUGGAGCUUUCCAGCAGUCUCAUUGGAUGACAAACAUUCCCAGCUGUUUGGUUAUCUCAGUACAACUGGGCCACUGUGAUGUCACAUGAGAGACAUAAACUCUAUAUAAAUAAUUACACAGUGAGGAAUGCUCAGCCUACAGACCAUAAAUACACAAUAUGCAUAUUUGGAAAUUUAAAAAAAUUAAUAUAUAUAUUAUAGCUGGCCAUUUUUAAAAUCUGUUUGCGUACAAUGCACUAUUUAUUUUAACAACACAUCUAACCAUGCACAUCUAUAAUUGCAGUGGACAGCAUUACAAAAAUAAAGAUAAAAAGAUCCAAAGCAAAUGUUUGUUUUUUUUCAGAACCAAACACCCUGCUUUAAGUUGUUGUUAAUAGUCUGUAUUGCAUAUACCUAUGACAUACAGUAUGUACAUGGUUGAUGUAUUAAUGCUACCUACAGUGAUUAUAUUGAAAGCUUUUAUUUUGUUGAAUCGUUAGCUAGUUUGUAAGAUUCAGGUUAAGGAGCAAACAGCCAAUAAGACUUUGUGGUUUGAAUGUUUUCAUUUGUUGUUUUCUUGGAAGUUUUCCUUUUUUUAAAGAUGCAUAUUCUUUAAAUAUACAGUACUGAAACACAGGCAUAUUUAUACUGUAUGAAAUGUAUAGUUCUUUUUUUUUGUUUUUCAAAAUUUUAGUCGUCGCCAAUUUUUUUACCCCAGUUUUCUCCCCAAUUUAGUAUGCCCAAUUAUUAUCUGUAUCCUUGGCUCACUGCUCGCAACCCCCCCGCCCACUCAGGAAACGGCGGCUGGAACACGCGUCCUCCGAAACGUGCUCCUGCCAAGCCGUCAUUUUUCGCACUGCAGAUCCACAGCGAUGCCACCAGACCUAUAGUGCUGGAGGACAACACAGAUCUGGCGACUCCACUGCAGAACCACAGGCGCCCUAUCGGCCACAGGGGUCGCUGAUGCGCGAUGAGCCGUGGAUUCCCCUGCUGAUCUAAGCCCUCCCUACCCGGGCAGCGCUCAGCCAAUUGUGCGCCGCCCCCUAGGAACUCCCGGUCACGGUCGGCUGUGAUAUAGCCUGGAUUCGAACCUGCGAUCUCCCGGCUAUAGGGCACAUCCUGCACUCCGCGCGGAGCACCUUUACUGGAUGCGCCACUCGGAAGCCCCGAAAUGUAUAGUUCUUAAGGCAUUUUCUAUGUGUACAGUUGAGACAAAUGCUGUUUGACUAGUUGUUUUUUCUGCUAGGAACAUUUAAAGCAUGGGGAAAAACAAACACAUGCUUUAAAUUAGGCAACAUAAGAAGUUACAAAUAAAGUGUUCUAAGAGUCAAAACAAAACAUUUCUGUGUAAUGGAAUAACAGCUCCAUCUGCUGGAUAACAUAAAAAACUGAACAGUGAACUAUAUCAUUUGUUAUAGAUUCAGAUUUUGGAGAUCUGCAAUGCCUUACUGCUUAUAAGGUUAAAGUACUAUGUAAUAAAAUACAUAAUAAAAAAUAAAUAAAUAAAUAAAUAAAACACGGUUUCAGGUUGGAGGCCCUAUGGCUGAAUGAAACUGCAAAUGACAGUUACUGCUUUUCACCUUCAGAUUGUCAGAUUGCUUCCAGCUAAGGUCAUUAACAUUAAAAGGUCGCUUCAAUCUGCUCUCAGGGACCGAGUUAAUAUUAAAUAAAUUCCUAAUGGACAGGUGACAACUUUACCAAAAUCACUAUAACAAUAUUGGGACAUUUGCAGGCAGUGGACUUAAAGGGUGGGAUGAGAGUAGUAUAGGGAGGCAGGGGAUGGUGCAUCGUAUGUAUUGUUCUCUGUAUACAGAUUAAUAGAUAACCCUAAUCUUCAAUGCUGUCAAUCCAGUGCAUUUCAGAGCACUUUGGAGGCCAGUUGUUUUGCAUGCUACGUACUAUAUAUAUAUAUAGUACGUAGCAUGCAAAAACAUUUAUAUAUAAACAUUUAUAAUUUCUAUAUAUAAACAUUUAUAAUUUCCCUGUGAAAUUGCCAAUAUACCACCCACCUGUGAGAUUACCCAUAUAAACAACAUUUAAGCAUUAGUGUUCAGCUCAUUUAGCGUGUGCAAUUGCUUCAUUGGCAUCCCUCUGCCAACUUUGCAUUGCCUUUUGCAGUUCUGAGGUUAAACACUCAUCACUCAUGUCCGUAGCAUUAGUCAGCAGAUAACUUUACCCGCAGAGAGUUGCAGAGACCAGUUUCUGACAGCCUGCCAUAAUUACUUGGGUUGAUUAAAUAUCCGUUGAAACUGGUUUGUUCUCGGUUUGCUGCCAAUGGAAAUACAUAUAAAUUGUUUUAACUCCCAGUGGCAGGUGGAAAUGUGGUAUUUGGAAACACACACACACAGUGAGCACUCUGAAUCUGACUAUUUGAAAGUGAAAAUAACAUUCAAUUAUUGUAAUUUUGUAAGUUUCUCAGGGGGAACGGUGAACCAUAGAUCUAUAAAAUCUCUGGUGGAUGGAAAGCUUUUGUUAUUCCAUUCAUCUUCUUUAGGCGAUGCCAUUUAAAAAAUUCAGUUUUGCAUCACUGGUCCAUACUGCCCAGUACCUCCCAACACUGCCAGGUUUACAUAGAUGUUCAGUAACGUAGGGUUUAUCUUUUUAUGUUUGCUCCAAUUCAGGAAAUGUAUGUGUGAAGGUUGUAGUCUGUGAAAGUAUUUUAUGUAGAACAGUAGAUUUUAUGCACAUACAAUUUUUAUCUAUGUACAUAUUAUACAAAUUCUUUUUUGUGUGAUCUGACAAGUGAUUGAUAGAAACACAAUGUACACAUUUUACUGAUAUAGAGGACCCCGUGUGGGGUUAUUGUGUGCAAAUUAGUAUUAAUAACAGAGUAUUGGUCAUUUAUUAAUAAAUAUGUAAAUUGGAGUAGCAGAGAACAGUCUGAUGGUUUCAUUUAUUAAUGUAUUCAUUUCAAUACAAACGUUUGCUUUCCAGUAAGACAAAUGGUAAUCUCUCACAUAAAUAAAGCGAUUACAAAAAUAUAUAAUGCCGAUUUACAAAAAAACACAUAAUAAUUUGUGUACAUUUUGUUUGUUCUGUUAAAUAGGUUAAUCAUAAAAAUGAAUGUCUACAAUCUUUCAUAUACAGUACCAAAAUCAAUUAUGGAAACAAAUGAUUUACAGAAUGACUGGGGGUGUGGAUUUUAUUCCCCAUUUUCCUCCUUACUUACUAAAUAUUUUGGUACCUCUGAAUAGUUGAGCAUCUUUCAAAAUAUGCAAACUAUUUUAAUGAGCAAGCCCUUUCACCAGUAUAAUAGUACCCCAAAAUGUUCUCCUUUUUCAUGGCAAGCAGUAAAACAGAAUGGGGAGUUUGUUGCCGGAUAACUUCACUCAGACUACAUGUUCAUUGAGUGUCU